AUGCGACCCCCUGACUUGGAGCGCAAGGCCCUCAAAUAUGCCGGCAUCUUCAUCAAUGAAGAUGCAUACCCUGGCGUCUUCAACGCAUGUCUGGAUGGGGAGCAGAAUGCGGCUGUGGGGAACGCUUUUGUCAGCGCUGGAUACAGGUCCAGGCUUGAGGAUUUUCCCCGAAACGUCGACGACUUUUUCGAGGCGAUAGCCUGUCUAUUCAGCAGCAAUCUCCGAGACCAUUAUCGGAACAUCUUUGAAAGAUUCGAUCGCCUCUGUGGCGAAAAACUGGCUGACCAUUUCAUCGGCGAGUUCACCAUCGCGCAGUGGGCCGGUCGUAUCCUUGAUGGUCUCCUUAGAUCGCUUCGUGACCUGACCCCGUCCGCCACUGGUGGCGCCCCAGCCUUCAGGGGCAUCUCGUACCCUCUCGAUCAUCAGGGGCCAGCAAUCGUCAAGAAUGGGAUCGGCUCAGUACCCGCCAGAUUCAACCGUCAGGCUGGGGCGAGCCAGCUCUUCCCCAACGGGCCCUAUCGGGGCAUAUACACUGACUUCUCCGCCCUGCGGGCCUUUCUUUGGGGGGUUUUUCAAGGAGAAGUUGCUCAGGACAUACCAACCGCGGCCUACGCUUCGGUGCUAGAGCAUGACUUCAUGCUCCGGGGCGAAACAUUCCGCGGUAUCCUACUCUUCCAAUUCCAUACGAAUCAGCCGAGACCCCCAGGGUUGACCUCUUUCACGAUUCCCGAAGGGAAGGAGUCGAGCUGGAGGACACUUUGCAGCACCUGGCCGCGGCAAAAGCCCGAUUUUUGGAGGAGAGCCAAGGGAUCUACCCAGCGUGCGGGCGCAGUUGUCUUCGUGGCCCUGCCACGACUCGCUACUCUGGCAGAGAGCUUUCAUGUCGGAGGGUGCAGAGGCCCAUCUGAACAAGAAUCUAGGGGGGUUUAUGCCAUCUCAUCCACCCAGGCUGGGGCUGUGGGUGAACUCCCCUCAGCCAAAGCCGGAAAGCAAAGAGGGAGCGGGGGCACGCUCAGGAGAAAGGUGAAGGACAUGUUCAGAAAGUAG